CACGAAAAACUGGCAAGUUUUGCUCAAGACUCUCUUUCAGCGACGGCGAGCCAUGCGACGAAGACUGAAUGGGCGAGAUGUCGAGCAGGAAGGUUUGCUGUCCAAACAUAUCGAGUAGAUGCUUCGAUGAAGGUAAUCACGUACAGCUCUUCUUUAGGUCCUGCUUCAGGUAAGUUAAGAAUAUCGCUGUAGACCUUCUGCAUCAGUUUGUAACGAGUGGAGCCAGGAAAAUGACUCGAAAACGGGUCGUGGGUAAGAUUGGUGACCGGACACGUGGUGCAGACCGUUGGGCGAGACUGCGGUUUCAUCUCCGUGCCGUCAGGUAAGAGAAGACUGUUUUUAUCAAGAACUGCUGCUCGGAUUCAAUGAUUUAAAAUCCCUUGCGAUGGAUGUCCUAACCGUUGGUGCCAAAUUUCUUAUGUGGCUUUGUGUCCUGAUGAUCGCAGAUAAAAGUCGGCGUUAGUAUAAAAUGAAGAAAUGAUGAAAGGAGAAAGAGCUGGAGACAUGUCAAUCUCCCCUUCGACGAAACGGUUUGAUGGCAGAUGGUCCUGCGACAGCUACUGGAAGACUCGGCUGCUCGGCGACUUCUUCUUUCACGGCUUCCUCGACGACUUCGGGUUCAUCAGCUGCAAGUCCACUGAUUUCUCCCCAAAGUGGAGCUGGAGUUCCUUGGAAGGCUGCACGGGUGUUAUAGAAGGUUCGCCAAGCAUUGGCGCCUUCAUCGGCGGUAUUAAACUCCCAAGUAUCCAGUGCGGGACCGAGACCAAGGACGCGUUCAGAAUCACCAGAGGUGCCCUGUGCUGUGAACUGAAGAACUGAUACUCCAUGUUGAGUAGCAGCGCGACCGAGGAGUUGAGCUGUGGAGAGAAGAUUGAAACCAAGGCUGGCGACGAUAGGAACAUUGGUAACGUAUGCAAAGACCGGAGGACGAUGCUGUGAUGGCGGUGUACUCUGCGGCAUCUGCUGCGUCUGGGACGUCGACUGCUGCAUUUGCUGAUGUGGCUUCGGUAACUGCUGCGAACGAUGAUAUGGUUGCGAAGUGCUGCGACGGUUUUGACAACGACUGCGACAAGUUUGGUCAAGAUCUUGCUGUUCCGCUUGAAGAUACGACGAAAUUUCGGUUUCUGAGAGGUUCGGAUUCAUGCGCAAGAAGGCGCGCGUCUGUCGCCACUCGGGACCAAGUCCAGCAAGAAGGACCAUGAGAUACAUCUCACGAGGGAAGUAUCCUCCACUCUUCUCCAGUUGAUCUUGUAGUGUGCGAACACGAUUGACGUAAUCCAUGACAUUCUCGUUUGUCAUCAUCUGCACACUUGUCAGCUGCGAAAGAAUCUUACUUGCUGUUAUUGUGUCUUUUGCCAUGUACACCCCCUUUAAGUGGUUCCAUGCAGUUUCAGCUGGCGUGAAGCUUGAAUGAAAAGAUCGAACGCCAAGCUGCUCCUUUGGCGACAGGUUCCGAACUAGAACCGUAUACGCCCCGAGAGAGGCGUGCAGGAAACUCUGUUGCUCCAGUUGUGUUCCCAUGACAGGAUACGUAAACUCGCCGGUGAAGAACGGCCAUAGCCCAGCGAACUGCGCCAGAAGCUCAAACUCGAAGCUCCAGGAGUAAAAUUCAACUCCGUUAAAAGGUGAUCGCCCGAAGAUGUAAAAGGGCUGCUGCUGCUGCGACUGCGGCUGCUGCGUAAACGGCGAGAAGGCAAAUGAGCCAGUACUUGGAGCUGAAGCUCCACGCAUUCGAUGAAACACCUGGAGUACUGACAGAAGGCGGAUUCUGCUGCUGCAUACUGAUGUGCGCAUAAGCCAGUGGAAACGGUCCAGAGGCUGAGAGACCAGUGGCGGUCGUGGAGACAGGUACUCCAGUAGUUCCAGAACUGGAUCCGGUAGAUGGUGCUGGUGAUGUCCCAGUCAUUGUUGACAGUAGUCUUAAAUCCAGAUAGCUCUCAUACCAUGUAAUAAUUUGACAGGUGUUGCACGAGACUAAGUGUAGAAUCUGCAAACACAAACACUUGGAAAACCUCAAGUGUUAGCCUAGGAUCUUUACUGGAAUGGUAGACAAGUAAGACAGUGGAAGUCUUUGUAAGAAUGAACCUGAGU